GUUCUUUUGUAGAUUCAGAAUGACGGUCUUCCCCGGGAGUCAGUAUCAAUGACGUGUACCAAGCCUUCCAAGCAUGCCUAGAUGUGGAUGAAACCAUUUUUGUCCGCGAGUGUGAGCGGUGGCGUAUGUGGUGGACAGACGCGACGUUGGCGGUUAACCGUCCAGCUGCCCUGGCGUCUCUAGCGGAAUCAAUUACGCUUGCAAGCAAAGCCCUUUACCCAAGCAUACAACACUGUCUCACCCUUUUAAUGGUCAUGCCGGUGUCUACGGCAACAGCCGAACGGUCGUUUUCGGUAAUGAGAAGGGUCAAGACAUACCUAAGAAGAACAAUGGGUACUGAGCGCCUGUCAGGUCUUGGUCUCAUGAAUGUAUACAGAGACAGAGAAAUCAGUGCCGAACUCGUUGUCGACAAGUUUGCUAACCAGCAAAACAGACGCCUUGCCUUUGUGUUCAAGGCUUCAUAAGAGAUUUCCCAUGGUGCCCCAGGGAUUUCGUGCUGUUUCUGAUGUUGUGUACGAUCAUAUUCUCAAGGUCAAAAGAGGAGAGGAGGAACGAAGCUUGGUCCUGAAGAGGUUGAAAACCGUGAAUCACUUCAUGGUUAACGUGGCGCCGGGAGGACAUAUUCGUGGUUCCGUUUUUCCCGGCGUCACUAAAAAAAUCGAGGGAGGUUGCGAAGAUGAAGGAGAGGGCAGACGAGAGACGGGAGCACGGGUUGGCGGCGAAGUGCCUGGAGAAGGAGAGGAGGAUUCGGCAGCUGGAGGAGAGCCUUUCUUUAGCAGAGAGGGAGGAUGUGCGUCUGCGGGACCUGACAGGGGAGCUCCAGGACCGGCUAAGAACGGGGGACAGACUGAUGGGGCAUCUGCAGGUGCAUCUGGAUGCUUUCCAGGAACGACCCCAUGGCAUCCCAGUGGGCAUUCAGGUGAAUCUCCCCUGGGAGGUUCUCAUGAAUGUUCCCGUGGGACCCACUCAGGAGGCCAGCAUGGAUCGCUCGUCGCUUCUGAGCGAUUCUGUUGGCUCUCCUGAGGAGGCCGAGUCUGUCUACUUUGAUGCUCUCGGGCAUAUCUCGGAGGGCC